AUGGCAUUCUUCCAUGUCAAGAAGCUUCCGAAUGGGGUAAACAAUAGUUUUGUGACGUUAAUUCCAAAGGUGGAGGGGGCUGGCUCCUUGGAUAAGCUUCGGCCUAUCUAUAUGGCUAACUUCUUCUGGAAGGUCCUAUCAAAGAUUAUGGCAGAGAGGUUGGCUUGUCUUCUUCCUCACUUGGUGUCAGAUGAGCAAGGGGCGUUUCAGGAAGGUAAGAUUAUCUCUGCAAACAUUGGUUUAGCUUCUGAACUUGCAAAUUUGUUACAUACCUCUGUCAGAGGUGGUGGAAUGGGAAUUAAAGUGGAUGUGCAGAAGACCUAUGACACCCUGUCAUAG